GAAGUCCCGCCUCUUAAACGUAGUAGUUAAACUCAGUUAAACUUAAAUCACAGAAUACUUUACUCCUAGCGGAAAAGUUAAAUUCUCUUUGUUCAAUAAUCAAAAAUAAAGCUAUAGAAAAUUAGAAAACAGCAAUGGCCUUUAGUGAAGUUGGAUGAGAAUGAGGGGCCCAUAAUUGUCUGUUUCACCUGUCAUGCAAGACUCAUUCGUUGCAGAAGAUUACAACAACAGGCUAUUGAGUCAAAUGUGGUACUGGAGCAGUUGCUUGCAGGAGGAUCCAUGUCAAUACCAAUACUGCAUAAGAAUAGAGAUGAGAUUCAAUUCACACAAAUUUAUCAUAUAGAUAUCUGGCCUGUAGAGUGUGAUAUAGACAAUGAUUGCAAGGACGAAAUUGUUUGCCUUGAUGCCGUUAAAGUUGAGGAAGAGAUUUUCGAAUAUGAGAAUUCCAAAUUGGAAGGAAAUGAGAAUCAUGAAACAGAACCAUACGUCACACAGACAAAUAAUUUUUCAAAACCGUCUGAGAGGAAGAUGAAAUCAAAUUCUACUGAUUGUAACAUAAACAAUGUUCGUAAAGGAAACCCCGAUUUAGAAAGCCCUACUAUUAAAUCAAAGCCUAAAGUGAAAAAAAAUAAUCAACCAAUUAAUAAAAAAGGAAAGUAUCCUGCAAAAAUUAUGAAAAAAAAAUUUUUUAAACAAAAGAGUGUAAAUAUACUUACGAAAAAAACAUCAGGGACAUCAACAAAAUAUAUUUUUGAAUGUGAUGAUUGUAGCAAAAAAUUUUCAACAAAAGACAUUCUCGCCAAACACAUUUCAUACUGUCAUAAGACACAAAAGAACUCAGACACCACUGCAGUUCGGACACAAGUUGAACAAACUCCAUUACCACAACUAACGGAAAUAUUUAAUUGUGAUAUUUGCAAAUUUAAAACAUCUCAAAAACGUUGCAUUUUGGCACAUCUUAACGCGCACGUCGCUGAACAAAUGUACUGUUGUAAUAAUUGUGAUUAUAAAAGUAUUAAAAAAGAUCAUUUGCAAACACAUAUGAAAAUACAUACUGGAGAAAAACCUUUUUCGUGUCAUAUCUGUGAAUAUAAAUGUAUUAGAAACAGUGAUUUGCAAAGGCAUAUGAAAAUACAUACUAGAGAAAAACCUUUUUCGUGUCAUAUCUGUGAAUAUCAAUGUAUUCAAAAGAGUAAUUUGCAAAGGCAUAUGAAAAUACAUACUGGAGAAAAUAAUUUUUCCUGUCAUAUCUGUAAAUAUAAAUGUAUUAUAAAAAGUUAUUUGCAAAAGCAUAUGAGAAUACAUACUGGAGAAAAACCUUUUUCAUGUAAUAUCUGUGAAUAUAAAAGUAUUACAAAAAGUAAUUUGCAAAGGCAUAUGAAAAUACAUACCGGAGUAAAACCUUUUUCGUGUCAUAUCUGUGAAUAUAAAUCUAUUAGAAAAGAUAAGUUGCAAAAGCAUAUGAAAAUACAUACUGAAGAAAAACCUUUUUCGUGUCAUAUCUGUAAAUAUCAAUGUAUUCGAAAAAGUAAUUUGCAAUCACAUAUGAAAGUACAUACAGGAAAAAACCAUUUUCAUGUAAUAUCUGUGAAUAAAAGUGUAUUCAAAAAAAAUCUUUUACAAAUGCUAUGAAAAGACACACUCGAGCAGAACCUUUUUUGUGAGAGAUCUGGUAAAAUAUGUGCAAUAUUAUGUAAACGUGUUUUAUAUAAAUAUAAAAGUAUACUAGAUAAAAAUCCAUUUGUCAUGAGUUCCUUAGUGUCUGUAGAACGAGUAGAAAAAACUUUCUGUACCAUAUGUGCUAAUUGAAACUGCAUUUAUUCUGAAGAAGCUAAUUCAAAAACCAAAGAAACAACCAAGUGAAAUCGAACCUUGAAAUCUUCAAUAUGUCUCAUUGCCUUGCGGCUAAACGUGUUUUAAGGUAUUUAGUGGGAACCUUAAGUUAUGGCUUAUGUUUUUAUUUAAGGGGCGUCUAAACAGGCUAUAUUUUAAGGGGCGUCUAAACAGGCUAUAUUUUACGACAAUUUGUGGUUGCAAUACUGUGGCCGGCAACAUUGCUAGCAAUACCAGGAUGGCCCGGCAUUAUAGCCACAUAUUUUUUGGUAUGUCAAAAUGUUUUUAUGUGUAGCCGGCGUGUGGCCGAACGAUCGCCUCGCAAUCGAAAAUACUGCAAUAUAUCUGGGCCAUCUAUAUUGUUGUUCUGUUUUACUGUAUAUGCGCGUCCCUUUCUCCCUGCGACGUGAAGUACUUUGCGUUUCACUUUGUGCGCUACGUGAAGUGUGCUGCGAGUGCUGCGACGUCCAUCGUGUAUAAAUCUGUGGUGUGGCGAUAUUCUGUGCUGUCAGCAGCUGUCAUUCUUGUGUUGUUUAGAAAAUAAAUUAAAAUGACUAAUACUUGGUCUAAUGAGAAGACUCUUGACUUUAUUAAUGAAGUGCAAUUACAUCCUGAAAUAUGGAAUGUGGAAACAGGAAUGUAUAAAGACAGAAAUGCAAAAAAAGAUGCAUGAUCUAUUGUUGCUACUAAGUUUGAUAUAUCAAGUGAUGACGCUUACAAGAAAUUCCGAAGCCUGCGAACUUAUGUGAAGAAUGAGGAAAGAAAAAAGAAUAAAAGUGGUAGUGCUGGCGGCAAACAAACAAAAUGGUUUGCUUACGAUGCGAUGUCGUUUAUUCUUAGUCAAGAUACUCCAAAUACAGGACUGGAUAGUGAAAAUGCAACAGAAAAUGUAUGUACCUAUAUUUAUUAAUAGAUUAUGGAUUUCCUAAAUAUUUGUCCUGCCAUGCCACUCGUCCCUGCUCUGUCAUAAAAUAAUGCAUAAAUUCAUCUCUAAUCGCUUUUGCUCUCAUUGUUGAGUUCCUUCCCAAUACUCUUAAAUCUGUUAAACACUCUCCAUCAGCUUGCCAUGAUCCUGGGAUCACCGUUCCAAGGUCAAUAUCUUCCCUGUCAAAGGUCCCAGGUGGUGAAUAUAAAGCUUGUGCUCUUGUAUUUCGUCGCAAAAAGUUAUGUAAAUAUGCACAAGCCAUAACUAUAUUUUGUACAUCUUUCAUCUCAACAUUGAUAGUAGUAUGUAGUAUACGAAAAUGGAUGCCAAAAUUCCAAAUGAGUUUUCCACAAUUCGGCGUGCUCUAGAUAUUCUGUAGUUACAUACUCGCUUAGGAGAUCCCAUGUUCAAAUCUACAGUAUAGGGCUUGCAAAUAUUUUCGGUUAAGGGAAAUGCAUCAUCUGCCAAGAAAACAUAUGGUGUAGAUACUUCUCGACCCGGAAGGGGUUCACAAUGUGGUAUGUCAAGAUUUUGGUUCAGGAGUGCUUGCCCAAAAGCCGUAUGCCUAAAAACUCCCCCAUCGGAUAUUCUUCCCUGAACUCCAGCAUGUACAUACAAAAAAUUGUACCUUGCGUCUGUUACCGUGAAUAGCACUAUGCUAAAAAACUGCUUAUAAUUAAAAUAUUGAGUACCACUGUUGGGUGGACAAAUAAUUCUAAUGUGCUUGCCAUCCAUUGCACCCAAACUGAGGGAAAUUCCAACGGUCUUCAAAAUCCUUUGCGACUCGUUUCCAUUCAGUCGCAUGUGAUGGCAUCUGUAAAAUAAAGGUUCCUUUUUAAUUAUAUUGAAUAUUUCUUUCGUUUUCAGGGGACUGAAGCCCAAGAGACUAGUAGCAUUGCUGACCAAGAGGUACUUUCAGAAACAACGGACUCUCUGCUUUCCUCUGUUCCCUCUCCAAAACCACGUGCUUCUAAGAAGUCCAAGACUGCAGAUCCCAUUUUGGAAAAGGCUCAAAACAUUAUACUUGAAGCAGGUGAAAAAAGAAGAAAUGAAUUUGCUGGUUUCACAGAGCAUAUAGCAAACAAGUUAAGUAAAUAUGAUGACUAUACCCGUGCUCAGGCAGAAUUCAACAUAAUGAAAAUUUUAUUUGACUGUGACAUGGGAAAAUACAGAAAUCCAGCUUCGUUUACACAGAGUCCUGCUGGCGAUAGCGGAGAAAGAGCUAGCACUUCUCAAUCCCAAUAUUCAGAGAUGUCCCAAUACAUAUCACGACAAAAUACUCGGCAGCCUACGACUCAAGAAUAUACCGCUCCUUAUCAGUCUCCACCACAACAGUAUGCUGAUCUACACCACACCCAGUUAACUGAAAAUAUUGCUUAUGAAGAACUUGUGACUCUAACUGUCAAUAGUGAUUCGCAAAUUCAUUGAUUCUACGUCGAACAAAAAUAAAUGUGCACUUAAUAAAUACUUAAAUAUU